UUCAACCAGCUGGGUAAACAUGGCGUCUGUCUCGACGUGAAAAAUGUACUUUUCAUACUUUUUAGUGUUUGUAGCAUUUGCCUUGCAAUAUCAAAUGCAAUUUAAGGUUUAGAAAUGCUGAACUACAAAGACACAAUUCGUGGAAACGUCGAACGGGGCAGGAGAGGCGCGUUUUUGUGAGGCUGCUUACAUUUUCUUCUACACAUAAAUGGAGCUGUCUGUCGAGGACAUUGAUUUGCGCAAGAUAAUUGUCUUUGUUACAGACAACGUAGGUUAUGUGAUGUGCCAGCUUGGUUAGUACCUGACUGAAAAAAAGUUAAGUACAUGUUUUGAGUAGAAUAAUGGAUUGCUUGGCUGCUGGUAAAAUUAUGUCGUUCAGUGCAGCCGGGCUACAAGCCUUAAAAAUGUGUCUCGGCUGUUUGUUCAGCCAUCUUUCAAAGUAAACCUUGUUAUUAUGCAGAAUCUGAUGUGGUGAAUGCCACUAUGAUAGGUUCACCUGACGUGGUGGCGUUUACUAAAGAGGAUGAAUAUGGCCAGUCAAAUCCAGAGCCCUGGCCCACCCUCCCAGAAGAGUUUUCCAUACCCCUUUAUCCACCGGUUGACUCAAACCCAUGGUCCAAAACGUCCUAUGCCAAAUUCACGAAAGACUUUAUACUCAUUUCUGAGUUCUCUGAGCAAGUGGGACCUCAGCCUCUUCUCACUAUUCCAGAUGAGCCCAAAGUAUGUGGUACCUUUGACCUCAACUACUUUUCGCUGCGUAUCAUGUCUGUGGACUACCAAGCCUCAUUUGUGGGACACCCACCUGGCAGUGGAUACCCAAGACUCAGUUUUGUGGAGGACUCUCGAGUGGUGCUGGGUGACUCUAAGGAGGGGGCAUUUGCCUAUGUCCAUCACCUCACACUUUAUGACCUGGAAGCCAGGGGCUUUGUGCGACCUUUUUGCAUGGCAUACGUCUCAGCUGAUGAAAGGAAAAUCAUGUUGCAAUUUCAGGAGCUGUCACUCCGCUUCUCACAGGCCUCUGAGUGUUUGAAAGCUGGAAACAGGAGGGCCUUCGCCAAGGAACUACAGAGGAAGCUUCAGGAUUUAGAGUACACUCACUCAGUGCUUCAGCGGGAAGAGGGUCUCCAGAGAGAGGCAGAUCCUCAGACGAGGUAUUCCGCACAUGCUGUGGAGAAGGCCAAUGAGCUGGCAAAUGUAGAAAAGAGUAUCUAUGAACACAGAGACCUGCUGAAACAGAUCACCUCGUACCAUCGACGUCCACGUCGAGACCCACAUGCCGCCACAUGUCAUAAAUGCAUGAGUGAGUGUUUGGCUGAGUGUGAAGAUUUGCUGGAGAAAUUCUCCAAACUUGCCGGCCCAUUAGGUUGCACAAGUAGAAGGGAAAGUGGUGAAGAAGGCCAAACAGAUAGUGAGGCAGGUGAAGAUGAAAUGGAGGAGGAUGAGGAGGGUGUAAGGCGCAGGCCGUCAUACACACCACAAUUGAUUAGAGCCAAGUCUGCCAAAUGCUUUGACAAACGUCUGAAAACCCUCCAAGAGCUUUGCGAUGAGAGGUUUUAUGAGGCGUCAAUGGAACUCCUCAAAGAGACUGAGAGGAGUUUUCGAGGUGACCUGUGUUACCUGUACACAUGUCGUCUGGACAGAGCACUACGCAGGAAACAGACACUUACUAACUUUUUAUUUGAGGAAGAAGUCUGUGAUAACAAUGAGGAUGAAGUGAUAAUACGCCCAUUUUGUCCUGUGAAUCAUUCUGUAGAAUCUUCCAAUAUUUUAAAACCACCUCAUAUAGUACUGGCCCCAGAGCCUUUAGAUGGCACUCCUGAACCAUUCUCUGAGACCAGUCACACUCUGGAAAGUGAGCUGGGACUCGGGGAAAGCCAGCUGGAGUCCUCACCCUCAGACCAGACUCUAGAAACUCAGGAUAGCUCUGAGGAGACUAAAGGCAGCUACAGUAGUGGGAGAAGUAGGACCAAACAACAACAUUAUCUAGACACUGUCAAAACUGGGCCUCCGGAUCUGGAUUCAGACUUGACUCCUGACCAUGAAAGAGAGAGCAGCAGUGAGGACAUGGAGACCACUGUUGGCGAUGAUGAUGGGGACAAUGGCGACCACACACCUGUGUCUUUACUGGAGCCAAAUGGAGAAUGUGAAGAGACUCCUGUGGAGGUCUGUGAGUCAGACCUGCUGUUACCAAUUGACACAACAUGUUGCUUGGCCCAAGAUGGGUUUAUUUAUGAGGACUUAUCUGUAGAUAUAGCAGCUGAAUCACACCGUAACACUAGAGCACAGCCGCCACAAACACUGGUGGUGAAUCAGGAACCACAGGCAUUGCAUCUGCUGCAGGACCACUACACUGUGGGCUCUCCCUCAAAGAGCCCUGGACUAGAUCUGCCUAUGGGUCAGCAUGCAGACUCAGUUUCUCGUAUGUCAGUGGAGGACGGCUCGGACUGCACCAUGAGUGCUUCUACUGGGUCAGAUCGAGCAGUCUCGCCCAUUGGAUAUGCUGGAGUGGUGACUUUGCGGCAGAAGAAAAAGGCUGGACAGGGAGCUCUGCGGUUUGUGCGGCAGUAUCCAUUUGCCAUGCAGGCACUGUGGUGUCUGCUGAGUGGACGAACACUGGUGGUGUUUGGGGAAGAUGAGGGGAGAGUCCGCAAAUUGGUGUCAGCACUCGCCCUCUUUGUGCCUGGUCCUGGGAAAUGUGCAGAAAGAGUUCAGGCCUGGAUGUCUGGCCCCUUCAGCCUAAGUGACAUAUACCGCUGGAAACUAAUUGGACUGCAAAGAGUAAACUCUCCAGUGGGUUCCAGCACGCUUCAUUCACUGUCACGCUACAAUCGCUACAUCUCUAUCCUGGACAUCGAUCAGAAGACCUUGCAUUGCCCUCCAUACCGUGGCCAGUUACUUUCAAACAUGGCUGACCACCGUACGUACAUCCGCCGUGGGUCCACCUAUUUUCUGCACCUCCAGAGCAUGCUGUGUCGGCUGGCAGCCAAGGCAUUCCUGUUGACGUUCACCCACCACCUUCACCUGCCUGUCAGCUCUGAGGAGGGCCCAGAGGUGGUGCAGGGACGGCGUAACUGCUUCCUUCAGGAACAGCUGGGCCUCAGUGAAGAGGAUAGUCAGAUUUUACUCUAUCUCAGCCAGCUUAUCACCCAGUUCUACCUGCAACCCCCCACCGAAAGCCGCACCGCCCCACCAUGUUUUUCUUUUAAAUAUACCACCAGCGUUUUAUACAAGAUCUAAAUUCACUGUUUUUAGCAGGAGCCAACUGAGUUCAAGGACCAAGUCAUGUAUCUUUUAGAACAAAUGUGUCUGAUUGUUUUAACAGUUGUUCUAUAAAUGUUUGUUUGCAGCUUGGUCUCUGAAUCACACAUCAUCAGAGUCUUUGUUGUCACAGAGACAUGUGAUUGCCAGAUUGAAAAUGCUAUUCUGCUGAUUUAAGAAGCUUGAUUCUAUUUAAUUUCAUACAUCCACAAGUGUUAAAUUGGAUUACUCAGGCUCCAUCUCAUCCAGAUUGCCAACUGUUCACGGCUUUCUAACACUUGCUAUGAUUGCUGUGAGUGUGACAUAGUAUGAAAUGUACUGUAUAUAAUUUACUGGAUUACUGUUGGAUUACUUGCAUAUACUGGCAUUAUCUAAUUGUUAUAGCUGGUUUUGUGAAUUCCAUAGUACAAGAGAAAACAUUUUCAUUCUAGUGAAUUUUUACAGAAAACAUAGGAUGACUGUAUAUUAAAAGUGCUUUAAGAGCAUGAAGUAAACUUUCACCGAGACUUCUUUUGGUUGCAUGAGAAUGUGUAUCCACAGUGUAAACUCAGACACAUGUCCUUUAGCAUGUCUAAGUGUAGAGCAAGCAGCAGCCAAAGAUUUAUGUUGGCACGCAUUUCAUUACUAUUAAUCAAGAUGUUCCAGGGAAGUUUAAAGUGGUAUAUGGCCCAAAUGUAUCAGAUGCUGUGUUGUCUUAAAUUUGUGCAAGAAUGUGGUGUCAGCAUGAGCCUGUGUUGUGACAGGGUGAGUCGGUGUUAUGAUCACAUUGCUGUUUCUAUUAGUUAUUGAUAUAAAUUCCAAAAGAUAAUUGUUUGUUGGCUGUAUAGACAAUGGAAAACUGGAGCCCAGUCACUUUGGCCAUUGUGCUACUGAAGAAGUGCAUUUUGUUGUUUUUCUUAUACAUUUUGCUGUACGUCUCCAUGGAAGAGCUGUAAUUUUUUAUCAGCUGUAUUUAGGACACCAAGGUCAUGGAGUAAGGUCAAACAUGUAGGAUAAUGGCUGUUUAAAAUGUAUUACAUUUUCACUCUACUUAUUCGUCACUCUCUUUUUGUGUUAACAUGUUAAUACUGUGAAACUUUUUUUUUUGUACUGAACUUUAUUUAUAACCUAUUGCAAAAAGGUGAUUGUAAUCCAAAUAAGCCAUACCACAGAGUGCUUAAACAAGUCUCACUGUGUCCUUAUAUUAAUAUUUCAUGCCAGUUCAUGUAUUGUGUAAUAUCUUAUAAUAAGGGGCAUCAUUGUAUUUUAAUUUAAAUAGUGUAUCAAAAUUGUCGUGUGCUCAUUGUAACAUUUUAAGAUAUUUUUUCGAUUAAAUUAUUUCGAAGAACCUUGUGUAUGGCAACUGCAAUUCCUUUU